AUGACAUCGUCAUUCGUUGGAGACCUGCUUCGGCUCAGUGCGCUCGUUCUUCCAAUCCUUCAACCAUGUUCUGCCGCGUCUCUCUAUUCCACAUAUAAAUUCAACCCUCUGGAACAUCUUGGCGGCGUAGCCCCGUACUUCGAGCCCCAAGACCCGGCGGCGUCGCCGUCGUCUCCACAGGGUUGCUCAGUGUCCCGAGCAGUCUAUCUCUCUCGCCACGCUGCAAUCUACGCUAACGACUACGACUAUGAAGCGUACAUCGACCCGUUCGUAUCCAAGCUGGAAAACAAUACCGCAGUCGACUGGAGCAAGGUCCCAGCGCUCAGCUUCCUCGCCAGUUGGACAGCCCCGCUGACGGACGCAGAACAAGAGCUGUUGACUCGCGUGGGUAGACUAGAAGCGGCACAACUUGGCGUAACGCUAUCUUUCCGGUAUCCUAGUCUCAGGCAGCCGUCUCGUAUAUGGACAUCCUCCGCCGAGCGCACUGAAAAAUCCGCCGAGUCGUUCGCGAGGAGCCUCGAGCUGAAUGAGGACGGAAUCAACGUCGUGAGCAUUUACGAAUCUGAGGAAGCCGGCGCGAACAGCCUCACGCCGUACAAAAGUUGUCCGGCCUACUCGUCGUCGUUUGGCAGCGAUCAAUCAGCAGUCUAUCUCGAAAAGUUCACCAAGCCCAUAAUAGCAAGAUUGAAUACGAUAGCCCCCGGGUUUAAUUUCACGGCCAACGACGUGUAUGGUAUGAUGGAACUGUGCGGGUACGAAUCUGUUAUUCGUGGCAGCUCUCCAUUCUGCGACCUGGGCCUCUUUACGCCAGACGACUGGCUUGGCUGGGAAUAUACGGCAGAUAUCAUGUACCACUACAACGUGGGAUACGGUAAUCAGAUCUCCGGCGUCGUAGGGUUACCUUGGCUUAAUGCGUCGGCAAGCCUACUUCUGGAAGAAUCGUCUGGGAAGCAAGACAUCUUUGUUAGCUUUACUCAUCGAGAGUUGCCUCCUAUGGUCUUUGUUGCCAUGGGUUUGUUUAACAACUCCGAGUUCAGCGGAGGCGAGGCCACUAUUAAUGAUACGAUGCCGCUAGACCGUAUCAACCACCGGCGCGCGUGGAAAAGCUCGCACGUAUUGCCUUUUCUGAGCAACGCGGCUAUCGAGAAGCUGAAUUGUUCGGGCAGUUAUGGCUACGAAGAUGGUGAUUACUAUCGGAUACUCGUGAAUAGUGCGCCUCAACCAUUGCCCAACUGCGCCGAUGGGCCGGGUACGACUUGCUCGAGGGCGGGAUUCGAACAGUAUCUUGAAGAACGAGUCGAUAUGUUCCAAGGGUUUUCUGAGAGGUGCGGAGUGGACUACGGUAACUCGACUGAUAUCUUAUCAAUUUAUACGGAUGCGGGAGUAGGUAACGCGCAAUUAUAUUCACCAAUUCACGAUUCACGAUUCACGAUUCACGAUUCACGAUUCACGAUUCACGAUUCACGAUUCACGAUUCACGAUUCACGAUUCACGAUUCACCACGCAACGAACGCGCAAACCAUGGCGCCGCUAACAUCUAUCGAAGAGUUCAAGCAGCUCUUAAGUUCUAGCAACAGGGUCCUGGCCCUCUGCGGUGCCGGUCUAUCAGCAGCCUCUGGACUCCCAACCUUUCGUGGUGCUGGCGGUCUAUGGCGCAAUCACGAGUCCACUUCCCUCGCCACCCCGACGGCCUUUAAGAAAGACCCAGUCCUUGUUUGGUUAUUCUACGCAUGGCGUAGGCAUAUGGCGCUAAAGGCGAAUCCCAACCGUGGCCAUUAUGCCCUUGCCGAGUUGGCCAAGAAGAAGGACAACUUCCUGUGCUUGACUCAGAACGUUGAUGGUUUGUCGCCACGCGCUGGACAUCCUGAAUCUAAGCUUCGACUCCUUCAUGGGAGCAUCCUUGAUAACAAGUGCUUCAACGACGAUUGCGACUACAUCGACCGGAAUAAUCUAAACGACCCCGUGUGCCCGGCUCUCGCUCCCGCCGCCGAGGACUACCCUCCUGGCCAGACUCUUCCUUUACUUGAUCCUAACGUUCCCGUACCGCCCAUUAAGGUCGAGGAUCUCCCGCAUUGUCCGAAUUGCAAGACGGGCAUGCUUCGACCCGGCGUCGUUUGGUUUGAAGAACCUCUCGACGAACAGAUGCUCACAGAUGUUGACAGCUGGAUCUGUCAAGGGCGUAUCGAUAUUAUGCUCGUGAUUGGAACGGCGGCUGUCGUCUAUCCUGCUGCAGGCUAUGCGCACCAGGCUGUAGAACAGGGGGCUAUUAUCGCGGUAGUGAAUCCCGACCCUGACUCAGCAGAAGGCCUAUUGGAGGAAGAUUUCUUCUUCCAGGGAGACGCUUCUGAACUCCUACCGAAACUCUUUGAGUGUGUUAUCGGGAAGAUAGAUGAGAACGGGAAGGUGCUGUAA